AUGAUAGCAGAGCGUUUACAGGAACCUGCCGCCAGAGGACUGUACUUCAAAUUUCCUUCCUUUUUCAUCUAUAAAACUAAUUGCAAAUUAUUUCUUUUUGUUCUUCUCACAGCUGAAUUUUUAUUCCUCUUGUGGGGCGUUUAUCUCUGCUAUGCAGUGCGGACAGUCCCAUCAGCAUUUCAUGAGCCGCGUUAUAUGGCUGUUGCAGUUCACAAUGAGCUCAUUAUCUCUGCUAUAUUCCAUACAAUUAGAUUCAUUCUUGCUUCAAGACUUCAGUCUGACUGGAUGCUGAUGCUGUUCUUUGCACACACGCACUUGACUGUGACAGUCACUGUUGGGCUACUACUGAUCCCUAAGUUUUCACAUUCAAGCAAUAACCCAAGAGAUGAUAUAGCUACAGAAGCUUAUGAAGAUGAACUUGAUAUGGGUCGAUCUGGAUCCUAUCUGAACAGCAGUAUCAAUUCAGCAUGGAGCGAGCAUAGUUUGGAUCCUGAAGAUAUUCGGGAUGAGUUGAAGAAACUAUAUGCCCAGCUUGAAAUCUAUAAAAGGAAAAAGAUGAUUGCUAAUAACCCGCAUCUCCAGAAAAAAAGGUGCUCUAAAAAGGGCUUGGGGCGCUCGAUAAUGAGGCGUAUUACAGAAAUCCCAGAGACAGUCACUAGGCAGUGCUCGAGGGACGAGAAGGACCUGAUGGAGCACAGUGCUGUGAAAAACACGGCUACGCUGAAAAAACCCCCACAAGAUUCCACAAGUUCUGCAAAGCCAAAAGAAGAGACUUUGAAAAACAGAGUCUUCUCAUUAAAGAAGUCCCACAGCACUUACGAUCAUGUCAGGGAUCAAACAGGAGAGUCUAAUAGCAUAACUGCAGAAAGCACAGAAGUUACAGCUGCUGAGAAUUCAAUUCUGGAUUCCUUAACUGGUAACAAUUUAACCAAAAAAGCUGAAAAAGUUGAAGCAGUGUCCACUGAAUCGGUCCCUUUGGUGUGCAAAUCACUAAGUGCACAUAACUUAAGUGCAGAUAAGAAGCCUCUACAUCCAAGAACAUCUGUGUUACAGAAAUCCCUCAGUGUUAUUGCUAGUGCCAAGGAGAAGACUCUGGGACUUACAGGUAAAACACAAAGUCUAGAAGAAAGCUCUAAAUCUCAGAGAUCUCAGCAGAAAGUGAAGGAAGGCAGCAAAAAGCACUCGGCCACCGAUAAAGGGGAGCACAAGGAUUCUCACCGGAAGAACUCUGCUCAGUCUGAGGAGACAAAGAAAACCCAUAAGUCUGGCAUUAUGAAGCAGCAGAAGGUUAGUCAAACACCUGCAAAUCUAGACACAGGCCCAGGUAAGACUCUGCACAAGGACACUUUCGACAUAGGAGAAGUUUGUCCUUGGGAGAUAUAUGACCAAACUCCUGGUCCUGUGCCUUCUGACUCUAAGAUUCAAAAACAUGUGUCUAUUGCUUCCUCAGAAGCAGAGAAAAAUCACCCUUCCCAGCCAAAGGGGAAAUCUCAUCAUAAGCAGAAGACACCUGAGGGCUCUCAACAGUCGAAUCAACAGAGCCCACAGAAGUUGGAGGCAGGCACUCGAGAGGUGCAAGAGCAGCACAUUUUUGAAAAUGAUAAAAAACAGUUGAAUUCCAAAUCUCAGGGCUCCCCUGGGCUGAAGCGCGAGAACGUUAACAGAUAUGCACCAAAUGUUUGUGGGGGGGAGCACGAGGAGCUGCCCCAGAAAGCAGCAGAAAAUGUCAAUAAAUUGGUGGAACAAAAAAAAAUUGCCUCAUCUGAGGGAAAUGUGCUUUCUGACUCCCGUAAGCCAACUGGUUACUCGCAGCAACCUUUAGCAUCUCGAGCUGAAGUCUGCCCUUGGGAGUUCGACACACCAGAUUUACCAAAUGCAGAAAGAAGUGUAGCUUUAUCAAACACCUCUGCUAUAAGUGCAAAUAAAACAGCAACACCUCGAAAAUAAGAGGCUUUUGGACUGAGGAAAGUAGCAACACUGAGAAGAAAGACACCAGGAAAGACAAAGGGACUUAGGCCAAAAGGAUCUGAAAAUUCCUAAGGAGCAUCACUUAAAGGAAUCAGCACAACAAGUAGGAAUUAAGCAAAACAAAUUAUUAUUAUUGUUAUUAUUUAUUUGUUGAGUGCCAACAAUGUGAUUAGCAGUGCCCAGAAUGUGGUCCCUGCUCCAAGGAUUUUACUGUGUCAUUGAAAGAAACUUGCCUUUCUGAAAUCACUUCUCCUUUAAAAGAAAAAUAAACAAAACACCAAAACUUGGUAACAAACGCACACUGUAAAUCUUAACAGAAUUAUUUCUGAAUGUCACAACUGGCUUUAACUUGCCCUUGGGACUUUAAGGAUCCAACAGAAGUAGGGUGUAGAAAAUGUCCUGAUGGCAGAAAGGAUUAUCAAUGAGCAGCUCUUAAAAUGACGACUUUUCACUUUGCGUAUUUAAUCUCAAUAGCACUGCUAACUCAAUGCAUCCCAAAAACACAUUUUAUAUAAUGGUUGCUCUCAUUUUCUUAUUACUGUGUGUUUAAGUACAUUGUUGUGUCUCAUAUUAAAGCAUUCCAGAUUGUGUAAUUUUUGCAGAUACCUUUGAUAUUAUGUGACACAACAACACAUUUAUGCAAUCUGCAGAUACUUUUUUCUUAUUGCAACUUAAAAUACCUGCUAUAGACUUUUUGUUUAUAUAUAGAAUUACAGUAAUUGUUCGCUGGCUGUGGAAGCCAGUAACUCUCAUUGGGAAAUUCCUUUGGGGCUUGGGAAUUUUUUUUCUUUCCUGUGAUUUAUAUAGUGAACUUUUUGUUUUACUCUCUGUUAUUUAAAUUUAUAGUUUGAUACUGUAUUAUUCAGGGGUUUUAUACACAGCAAGUUACUUGUUAUGCACUUCCCUGUUAAUGCUCAUAGACUUUGCUAAUAGUGGAAAUCCAGUCGUCUUAGCUGCAUAUUCUGGUAAGUCUUAGGACAACUUAUCUGUUGUUUGUUACAAAUUGGAAAAUAUAGUCUAACAAACCAGAAUACCAACUCUAAACAUCCGUGAGGGUGAUUUUGUUCAGUAUUUCAUACUGAGCAUAUCCUACUACAUGAGACAGGCAAGAAUGAUAACGAAUAUACUCCAGAAAUGAUGACCUGAUUUACUAAAACUGGACAACUCUGGGAAAUUUAUCAGCUAGCUAACAACAGUUUACUGUCUAUCUCUGUUGGCAAACCUCCAGAAACUGGCCUUUGGAGAUACACAGGUGAGGAGAGAAGUCCGAAAUAUUACUCUUCCCUAUAUUGGCAGCGGCAAGAGACAGUGGGAAUGAAAAUGAUGGGCAUCUCUCUCCCACUCUCCAAGUGUGUUUUUUUUUUAAUUUACACAUAUAUUUAUGGAAACAGUUACUAUUUAAUGUAGCGCUAAUUUUCAGUAAUGGCUAAAGCCAUCAUCCUGCAUUUGGCUUAAUUCAAAGGUGGCCCACUUACAACCAUGAGUCUUGGUGCAAAAACACUCAUGGUGUACCAUCAGGGCCUAAGAGGUAUCAUAGAGAAUCUGUGUACCACUAAUAAUAAAAAUUAGGUUCCGCCCUCACCCAUCUAAAUUUAGAACCGGUGAAGUGCUAUUCAAUGGAAUUGACUGUACAAAGAGUACUCCAAAAUAAAGACAGCUCAGUCCUAAAGAACUUGUGCAAUCUGAGAGAAGUGAUGGGAUUCACUAGAAGAUGAAAUGAGGAUGAUUGAAUAGAAUGUGUUGUUUAAUAUAUAUAUAUAUAUAAAAUAUAUAUAUAAAAUAGAUAUUUAUAUAUGUUUAAUAUAUAUUUAACUUGUCAUAUCUAAUACACACAUGCACAUACAUGUAUGUAGUACAAACUGAUUUUUGUGGCAUCAUAGAAAAAGUGGCUUAAGAUAAAAUGUGAUGAUUGGAGGGACUUAGAUGAGCUGGGCAUGAAGAGGACAUUUUUUGUCCUUUGAAAAAGACAGAAUAUGGGCAUGUCUACACUAACAAAUAGGACAGAUCUUCUUACUGCCUCUGGAACGUGCAGAUGCUGAGCCAGCUGGAGACAAGUCAGCUCAGGUCUCGGUGCUGUCUGAACACAUUGGCCUCGCUCAUAAAUUCUGUCAAGACUCAGAGCUUGUGAGCUCCAUGUUAUGGUGGCCAAACUGCCACAACCAGCCUGGCAAGGUGGGAUGGUGCUUUGUUCCACCAUGGGGACAUGCUCCCUGGGCAGUCCUGACUCUCCCAACCCUCUUUUCUAGGGUGCAGUUAUGGCCUAGAUCUGGUCUCUGCCUUCAACACACGUCUUCUUGCCAGGACCCUGAUUUGGCCAUCUGAGCACAUGUUUUGCCCACACAGUGCCAGUGGUGUUCCAUGUGCAGCCCAAAUCCAGCUUGCUACUUAUUUUGUAAAAGGAUUGAGUUCAGAACCUACAUGCCCAACUUCCCCCUUCCCCAUCCCAGGCAUUCACAGAACAACUUCAGUGGGAUUUGAUCAGCUGGAACAGUUCCCUGUACACUUCCCUGCGUGGGAAGAAAUCCAUUCUGGGAACACUUUCAGGGAGUCCUGCAGGUGCACACUGACACUCCCCAGAUAGAUGCACAUCUUCAAACUUGCUGAGCAUGGUGACCAUACUCGUGAGUGGAAGAAGAUCAUGCAGAAUGUCCAGGAGGUGGUUGGUGUGAGCAGGGAAAGAGGACAGUUUAUGGCAAGUUGUCCUUCCAAACAGAAGGCAGUGCUUUGUUGGAGCCAGGCGUUGAGAUUAGAAGUGGGCAUCUGUAAGAGGGUCAUGAAAGGAGACUUUUGUACGUCCUCACUGCCUCUUUGAGACAAACGUUCACAAGGAGCAGGUGUCAGUUCUGAUGCCUGCACUUGUCCUGUCCUCCCUCCUUCACCUCAAGGAGGCUGCUGCUCGGAGCAUGGUGCAGCAUCCAUAGGGCACCUGCCCCAGCCGUGUGGCACCGCUGUCCUUUGCAGCACUGAGCCCUUCAUGUAUGACUAUGUCUGAGCCACCACUCUGUCUACGAUUCCUUGUUCAUUUUGUUUUUCCUUUCUUUUUGAAGACAACCUCACUGGAAAUACAAAAGCAAAGUGCACUCCUUAGUUGGAUUAACUCAGCCCAGCUGCUCUGGCCGCAGCAGAACAAAGGCUGGUUGACCACGGAAAGCACUGGCUUGUGUAUUCUGGUUUGGUUUGGUUUUCUUUCAUCCUGAUCCCUUCCUUCACUUCUUAAAAAAUGGCUGUUACGGUUCUUUAGGCUUGUUGUAGUCGUACAUCCUGACUGCUACAAUUGGAGAACUUUCCUUCAGAAAGCAACAAAGCUUUAGCAACUGAUAUCUGGGCUACAGAUUCAAUUGGUACUUUAGAUUUCUUUGCACUUAAGAAAGAGGGGCCAAACUUCACUCGACUACUAUAUUUCACUAUGAUGCUGCUAGAAACAUUGCUUAAUGAAGACAUACUAAGUUAGACAUAAAUAAUGUUCUGUAUUUCAUAGAUUUUUCUCCACCAGCAUAUAUUGGCUAGAUUGCUUAGUCGUCUUUUUCUGGAGUUUCAUCGUCAUUACUCAGCCAAGAGAAGUGUGACUCUAGAAUUAAGAUGUUUUCUAGCAGAUCUGUUAAGAGAAAAGAUAAUAAACACUAAGGUCACAAACAUUUGCUAGGUUGUCCUUUUAAAUGCAUGUGCAAGCUGCAUUUCUCCUUUAUUUCUAAGCCAUGGUUUAUAAAUAAAUUUAUACCAACCUUAUUAGACUUGUAUAAUUUAUGCAAGAUUAUACGCUUCAAAAUAAAAAUCAGUACACACCUAUCAGCUUUGGUGGCAUCAUAGGCCUGAAACCAGACAAUACUUUUAUAUUUGCUCUCCUUAGGCUUUUGCAUGCAUAUGACAACAGGCAGGCCUGAGAAAACACUGCCUUUUGACUUUCAACAUUUUAGCUACUCCGAGUUGUAGAGUACAUAAAGCUAUAAGUCUCUUCACUUUAUAAUGUGAUUCUUAUAACAAUGUUAUCUGGCUAACAACAGCAUCCACCAUGAAAUACUUGAUAGAUUUAUGUUGUAAUGUGUUGCAGCAUGUAAAUAAUGUAACUUCUCUGCAAUAAAGCACAUUUAUAUGAAAUCUGUCUACAGCCUUUUGGGUUGUGAAUUUUCUGAA